CCGUCAAGCUGACAUAACACAAGACUUGUACAUUCUCUGAGAAGAGCAGGCACCAGAACAGAAACGAAACGAAACGAAGAAAGCAUCCGAACAGACGUACCUGAAGUUCCGGCUGGCCACCGGUCACCUAGUGAUAGCCGCUGUGGGUGAACUGAUGAACCGAGAAGUGCAAUGCUCGUCGGGGAGGGACGAACGCUCGCCGCAGGCCGAGCUUCAGUCAGUGACUCUGCUGUGGCCGCAGUGGCGUGGCGUCGUCGACGGGGUAGGCGUGUCGACUGUUUGUACACAUGACUGUUGGAUGGCUUUGGAAAGUUUCGCGCGCGCUGCCGUCGUCGUCGUCGUCGUCGUCCUAGUCUGA